ACGUUUAGUGACCACGUGAACUUGGUCGCGUUAUAAAAGUGCUAGUCUCCCACCAUUUCGUCCUCUUUUCCACCAAAAGUUUGUAGGUUGUGUCAGUGUUCGACCAAGGUUCAGAAAAUGCCGGAAACGUCGUCGCUUACCAACGGUUACACCAACGGCCAUAACAACAUGUACGAAAUGGAGGAUGGGUCCAAUUUCCUCUUCACGUCCGAAUCGGUGGGGGAGGGACACCCAGACAAAAUGUGCGACCAAAUCAGCGAUGCCAUCCUCGACGCCCACCUCCAGCAAGACCCCGACGCCAAAGUGGCUUGCGAAACUGUGACAAAAACCGGAAUGAUCCUCCUUUGCGGCGAAAUCACAUCAAAGGCUGUUGUCGACUACCAGAAAGUUGUCAGAGAGACGGUUGCACAUAUCGGUUAUGACGAUUCCAGUAAAGGAUUGGACUGGCGCACACUCAAUCUUCUGGUGGCUAUUGAACAGCAGUCCCCAAACAUAGCACAAGGUGUAUACGAAAACCGCCAAGAGCGAGAUAUCGGUGCCGGUGAUCAGGGCUUGAUGUUCGGCUACGCCACCGACGAAACCGAAGAAUGUAUGCCUCUCACAGUGGUCCUCGCCCACCGAUUGAACCACCAAAUCGCCGAAUUGCGACGAAACGGCCAAUUCUGGUGGGCAAGACCCGACUCCAAAACACAAGUCACCUGCGAGUACACCUUCGAUCAUGGCGCCUGCAUACCACAAAGGGUGCACACGGUCGUGGUCUCGGUCCAACAUAGCGAAAAAAUCACACUCGAGGAACUGCGAGAGGAGAUUUUGAAUAAAGUCAUCAAGACUGUCAUCCCCGCGCAAUAUCUCGACGACCAAACUGUCGUGCACAUCAACCCCUGCGGCCUCUUCAUCAUCGGCGGCCCCCAGAGCGAUGCCGGUUUAACCGGUCGCAAGAUCAUCGUGGACACUUAUGGUGGUUGGGGGGCACAUGGAGGUGGCGCUUUUUCGGGUAAAGACUUUACGAAAGUAGACAGAUCGGCGGCGUAUGCGGCCCGUUGGGUGGCAAAGUCCCUCGUUAAGGCCGGACUUUGCCGAAGAUGUUUGGUCCAGGUGGCGUAUGCAAUCGGUGUGGCUGAACCUUUGUCAAUCACUGUCUUUGAUUAUGGAACCUCGAAGUUGUCACAGAAGGAAUUGCUUGCCGUCGUUAAACGAAACUUUGAUCUCCGGCCGGGGAAAAUCGUCAAGGAGUUGAACCUUCGCCAGCCUAUUUACCAGCAAACCAGCACAUAUGGACACUUUGGGCGUGAUGGUUUCAGUUGGGAGAAGCCAAAGGUUCUUCGUCUUGAUUGACCUUCUCCUCUCACUUAACUCUCCUUCCUCGACCCUUUCUUCCCGUUUUUCUCUGUCGUAGCUCUCCUUCAUUAAAUGCCUCCUGGUACGGGUGCUAUUGGACGUGGUACCGGCCUGUACAGAUCACAGUAGGUACCAUUCUGGUACUACUGCAACUUUGUGUAGAGUGAAAGGUUCUGUUCCUGCUAGACUUGUUUUCACUCGACACCUUGUGUUGUGUUUACGAAAAAGAAUCUAUUUGGAAAAGAGCAUUUGCGAAAACACUCCGAUCUGUGCAAGUCCGGCCCUGGGUGUGAUUCAAAUGUUUACAAUACAUGACUUUGGCAUUUAGAAAGCUGCCACCAAAAAAUUUCUCUUUUAUAGUGUUCUUAUUGUUAUGACUUAUACUGACUCUAGCUGUAGAUCUGUAGAAAUAGGUUGUAUAGAUUUUAAUGUGACUAUUUAAAUUAUUUAUAUGACGUGUAACUAUAAAGUCGUUCGAUGGGGUGUACUUUAUUUUUACAAGUUCCAUCAUUUUAAGUGCUAUUCAGGAGCUUUUAUGUCAUUAUUUGAAACAAUAAAGUGAUUAGGAAAA